UCUAUUAUCACAUCAAAACCUUCAUUUCCCUUUUCUGCUACUUGUAGAAUAAAACCAUUUGCAAUGUCUUCGUUUGAGUCCUUUCCCGGAUUCAAAUUCAAGUUUUGUUUGAUUUUUCUGAUUACAUGCCUUAUUGGUAUAACUUUUACUUCAGCUCAGUUAUCCCCUAGAUUCUAUGAUAAAACGUGUCGUCGAGCCCUUCCCACCAUAAGGAGAGCAGUGAGAGAAGUUGUUUCCAAAGAGCCCCGCAUGGGGGCAUCCUUGCUUCGACUCCAUUUCCAUGAUUGCUUUGUUCAAGGAUGUGAUGCAUCAGUAUUGUUAGACGACACAGAUAGCUUCACUGGUGAGAAGAAUUCAUUUCCUAAUGCUAACUCCCUUAGAGGUUUUGAGGUGAUAGAUGAUAUCAAGAAACAAUUGGAGAGCAUGUGCCCUGGUGUUGUCUCUUGUGCUGACAUCCUAACCAUUGCUGCUAGAGACUCUGUUGUUGCUCUUGGUGGAGAAAGAUGGAACCUACUAUUAGGAAGAAGAGAUUCUACCACAGCAAGUUUAGAUGCAUCUAAUUCAGACUUACCUGCUCCCUUUUUGGAUCUUAGUGGACUCAUCUCUGCUUUUGACAAGAAAGGCUUCACAACCGCAGAAAUGGUUACUUUAUCAGGAGCUCACACGAUAGGACUAGUGAGGUGCCUUUUUACCAGAGCAAGGAUUUAUAACGAGACGAACAUAGAUCCCUUAUUUGCAACAUCAAUGCAAGAAAACUGUGCUUUUGACAGUGGUGAUACUGAUAACAAUGUCUCUCCUUUUGAUUCAACCACUCCAUUUGUUUUUGACAAUGCUUUCUACAAGAACCUGCUGAUCCAAAAGGGUCUCGUGCACUCGGACCAACAACUCUUCGCGAAUGGAACAGGAUCCACAGACAAACAAGUAAUGAGAUAUAGCAAAAACUUUGGAGGUUUCAAAAAAGACUUUGCAGCUGCAAUGUUCAAGAUGACCUUGCUUAGCCCACUAACUGGCACUGAUGGUCAGAUCAGGCAAAACUGCAGGGUGGUUAAUACUUAGAUUCAUCCUAUAUAUGGCUACUCCCACAACAUGGUGUACUAAUUCUUUAAAUAAAUUAAAGCCAAAAUUUGUAUCUCAUAAAUUAAUGCAACUAAUAUGCAUAUUGAGCUAUGAUUUGUACAAACACAAUACAUAUAUGGGCAAUUCAUCAAA